AUGGCGAAGGACAUCAAGCAUACGAAUGCCUGGCGUUGUGAAAUCUGCUCAAGGCCAUCCAGAGAGACCAAGGUCGACAUGGCCGCAUGGGUUCACCUCCCCGAACCCCGUGUUGUGCUCUACAUUCACCACCUCUGCGAGGCAGGAUUCAAUCCCUGCCACGCGAUGAUCGUCGCCCAAGGACAAAUUAUGGGCAAGAUCGUGGGCCCAGGGCUCCCUCCCGAGCCGUGGUUGCCCAAACCAGAAGGUCCCGAUCACCAGUAUCCGCUCGAGCUGCUGUGGGUGCCAAAAGGACGCUACCGCUUCCCCUAA